AUGGCAAAUGUAUUGGAUUUAAUUAAACGUUAUCAGCAUACCAUAGAAAAAUACCCAAACGAUGAACAGAAAAUUUUGAAGUGCAUUGACAAGCUUUAUCAUCUGGAUGUAACAGUACAGCAUCUGCAAGAGACAGGUGUAGGACGGACAGUAAAUGCUUUACGCAAAGAGCCUGGAGAUGUUGGGCAAGUUUCCCGGGCCCUUGUCUACAAAUGGAAGGUGAUGGUUGCAGCAGAAGAAAGUGAUCAAGAGGGUGACCACAGAAAUGACACUUCAAACUACAAUGGCCAUGUAAGUGAACGUGAUAGUGAAGAAAAUCUGCCCAAGUCUAAAAGUAAAUAUGAGCAACAUGAGAAAUCAACAAAUUCCAGCAAGUCUUCGAGAGAUGAUAAAAAACAUAAGCAUAUGAAUGGUGAUCAUACUGGAAGUAAAAGAAAAUAUCAAAGUAGUGAGGAAGAGGAACCAGAAACAAAAAAGUUUAAACAUUCGAGUAGUGGUGAUGAUAGAUAUAAAAGAAAACAUAUCAAACAUGAACCAAAUGAAAGUGAGAGUGAUUCACAAGACACUGAUGUGUCACAAACUGAAGUCAGUGAAUCAGAAAUGUCUCAAAGUUCAGAAGAAAACAAGAAACCAAAACAUAAGAUAAAAGAAGAAAAAAUGGAACAAAAUAAAUCGUCGUCUCCAAAGCAAUCUACACAUAACAGUCAUAGAAACCAUUUAAGUGAUUCUGCUGCAGAAAGAUCGCAUGUUCCUUCUGAAAAACAUUCAAAACAUCGGUCUGAACCGAAAAAAUCUGAGAAGGCGUCGUCAUCCGAAAAAUUAGGCAGUUCAAAGAAACAUUCAAGUUCAAAUGAUAUAGAAAACAGUUCUAACAGAAAACAUGAAUCAAAUCAUAAGUCUAAAGAAAAAGAAAAGAAAUCAGAUGAAUCCCUUAAUAAGCAUAGUAGUAGUUCAAAAAGGGAAAGUUCAAAUAAUUUAGACAAGCAUAAGCAUUAUUCUGAGAAACAUAAGGGUACAUCAGAAAAACACAACAGUUCAAAUGAAAAAAAAGAACAAGAAAGUCAUAUAACAUCAACUCAUAAAGAUUCAUCAAGUUCUAAGCAUAAGUCACGAGAAAGUAGUAGCAGGAAACACAGCAGUUCCUCAAGUAAAGAGAAAUCAAAAGAAAAACAUUCUACAAUUAAAGAUAUAUCACAAAGUCAUAAAUCUGAAAAGAAACAUUCUAGUGACAGUAGUAGAUGUAAAAGUAAAGAUAAACAUGAGAAAGAAAUAAAACGUGAAAAAACUGAAGAUGUAAAAAAGAAACAUUCAAGUUCUUCAUCAAAAACUAGUAAAUCCAGCUCAAGUAAAGCAAAGGAUGAUGCACCAAAGAAAAAACCACAAAUAAGUAAUAGUGAAGAUAGUGAUGAUGGAAUUGACUGUGGAUCAGGUGCAAGUUUUGCCGAAGCACUAGGAAUGAUUAGUCCAGUUAAACCUAAAAAGAAAUCUAUAUCAACUAAAGAUAUCCAUUCACCAAAUUCACUUUCCGAUCUAAGCCCAGCGUCUCUACUAGCACCGACAGCGAAACUUGCACCUUUACCAGCCCUGGAAAUAUCCGCAUUGCCAGAAAUCUCACCGAACUACAAACCGAGACCUCCGCCAAAGCUCCUACCACAUUUCACUGAUGAGGAUGCCAUGAACCACGUAAUAUCUUCCAAAAAUCAAAGGACAAAAGUUUACUCUGGCAAUAAAGUUUUGGGCAAAAUACCGACCUUAUAUGAGAUGUGCGUUCAGAUACUUCAGGAACAUAUUGACGCUCUUGAAUUCACUGGCGGUGUGCCAUACGAGAUAUUGAAGCCAGUCGUGGACAAAGCAACGCCUCAGCAACUGUUUAUGCUUGAGCACUACAACCCGUACUUAAUGGACGAUACAGAUCACUUGUGGCAGAAAUUUUGUGAGAAACACUUCCGCAAUAAACAGAGACAGGAGAUGGAGACGUGGAGGGAAAUGUAUAUGAGAUGCCAAGAGGAACAGGAGCACCGAUUGAAAUCGCUGACCGCAAACAUAAAAAUAGCUCAGGAGGCAAAGAAGGCGCCUAUUAAACAGACCAAAAUGGCGUAUGUUGACACUGUAGUAAAGCCGCCGCGAAACAUAGCCAGGAAACAAGCGCUGCACGGGACGGCGCACGCGUCGUCCGCCAGCCCAGCCGCCAGGGUGGCGUCGCUCUCCUCGGCGCCCAACGUGCUCCGCGGCGGAUCCGUUCGCCCGCCGCCCGCCGCACCGGUCUCCGCGGCCGCCUUCAACAAGCCGAAGAAAGCGCCCCUGAUGCAAAAGGCGCUCCAGUUCAUGCGCGGACGCAAGCGA